UUUCGCCUUGCAUCCGUCCAUUUCCUUUUGCAACUAUGCUCUCUCCUUGUUCCUCAUGUUCCAGUCCAAUAACACCUAUUGACGACGAGAUAGGUUCCCCUACUCUCAGUGUAGGCUUGCUAAGGACCACGAAGGACGUAACCCCUGCAGGCAUGAUUGCCUCAGCGUCAACUCAGCUCCCAAAGACAGUUGUUGAGGCAGAUAUUCCUCUCAUGGCCCCCGUUCCUCGGUACUCCGCCGCGAAAAUCUUCCACUCGAGCGAUACGGACGAGCUAGGGACGGAAGCGGACAAUUGGAAUGAUUCCAAGACCCUCUACAGCAGAGAGGAACUGGCCGGUGGAGAGGGGAAUGUUACGGAAUCAGAGGAUGAAAGUUCGGACCUGAACAACAGGAAGGAGCCAGGACUUGCUCCUGUCUGCUCUCAGUGCUGCGGUCCUCUUGGCGACAAGCUUUGCGCAACUCGAUGCGAGUGUACGGCUUUCCGGUUCUAUUGCAGCAGUUGUCCCCCGCGACACCUUGUUCUAUGUGCUCUACCACUGAACAAAAGGAGAAAAGGAGAAUCGAAAUUCUACAGUGUGGCCACAUGUUCUGUUUUCACCACCUGGUUCAAUUUAUCACGGACGAACGUGAUAGAUUACCGUUAG